GCUUAACGGUGACUGUGUUGGAAUCAGAACUAAACUCGACUCCGCGCAGUUCGAACGUGAGCGUGCUCCACUUAUUCUACUGUUUUCAAUUGUAUGUACGGAACAGGAAUAGCAUGAGGUCGCUACGGAACGCCGCUCAACAGUUCUUCGGCUGCAUAUUUCCAGUCUUGUUUGUAUGGACAUCUUUAGCUCAUGCUGCCAAAAGGAGCUCCACCCAUGACAUGAAAUUAGUUUGCUAUUAUGCCAACUGGGCCAUCUAUCGGCCAGGUUUUGCCAAAUUCACGCCAGAGAACAUCAAUCCAUACAUGUGCACGCACCUCAUCUACGCAUUUGCAGGAAUGAACAAAGAUUAUGAACUAAAACCUUUCGAUUCGUAUAAUGACAUACAAUUGGGUAAUUACAAGAAAUUUACCAAUCUCAAAACAUAUAAUCCGAAGUUGAAAGUCAUGAUAGCAGUAGGAGGAUGGAAUGAAGGAUCUAAAAGGUUUUCGAAGUUAGUGGAGUCCAGUUCUACCCGCCAGAGAUUCGUAAGAAGUGCUGUCAGUUUCUUGAGAAAGCACGGAUUCGAUGGCUUGGACCUCGAUUGGGAAUAUCCGGGUUUCCGUGACGGAGGACAAGACGAGGAUAGAGAAGGAUACGCAAAGCUUGUUCAGGAACUUCGAGAAGCAUUCGAUUCUGAAGAAAGCAGCGGUAAAUCCAAACUAUUGUUGACUAUGGCCGUUCCUGCCGGGAAAGAGUACAUCGACAAAGGAUACGACAUCCCAAUCCUUUCCAAGAACUUGGACUUCUUCAAUUUGUUGACGUACGAUUACCACACGGCUCAUGAACCUGUCGUCAAUCACCAUUCACCGCUCAGGGAGAUGCCGGGACUUGAAGAAUGGGAUCCUAAUCGUAUCCUCAAUGUGGAAUGGACGGUGAAACACUACAUCAAGAAAGGUGCCGAUCCCAAGAAGUUAGUGGUUGGAAUUCCGACCUAUGGACGAUCUUACACGCUCUCAGACCCGGAUGAAACGGAUAUUGGCUCUCCUGCUGAAGGACCAGGAGAAAAAGGAGAAGCAACCAGAGAGAAAGGUUACUUGGCCUACUACGAGAUCUGUAAGAUGAUCCAAGAAGACGAAUGGGACUUGGAGGCUCCCUAUCCUGAACUUAUGGGUCCUUAUGCCUACAAGGACAAUCAAUGGGUUGGAUUUGAUGAUGAAGAUAUCAUCAUAGAAAAGGUAAAAUUUAUUUUCAGUGAAGGUCUUGGUGGAGGAAUGGUGUGGACACUAGAUAAUGAUGACUUCAGGGGGAAAUGCUAUGGAGAACAGAGUCCAUUGAUUAAUACGUUGAAGAUGGCUUUGGAAGAAGGACCAGCUUUGCUGACGCAAAAAUCAACAACAGCAGCUCCUCGAACCACUCAAAGAGCGAGUCGACGUCAGCAAGUUGCCAAAACAACAGCAAAGGCAAUCAAAUCGACCACACCUCCACCCUUCACUACACCAGAUCCCGGUCCCGAGUUUAAGUGCGAAGAUGAAGGUUUCUUCAACAACCCAACAGACUGCAAAAAGUAUUUUUGGUGCUUGGACAGCGGUCCUUCUAAUUUGGGCCUAGUUGCCCACUCAUUUACUUGCCCAUCAGGACUGUACUUUAACAAACAACGCGAUUCCUGUGAUUAUGCCGCUAAUGUCGUAUGCAGAGUUAAGAAGACAACGACUACAACUACAACACCAAGACCUCGCCCUCGACCACGUUCUAAGAAGACCACCACAACUACUACUACCACAACCACCACUACAACAGUCAGACCAUCUGUAAAAGAAAUACCGAAAGAGAUACAAAAUGAUUUGGAUGCAUUAAAAACGCCGUUGAAUGCUAUCAAUAUGAAUAGCCAAAGUUUGAUGGAACUCCUACAAUUGUUACAGCAGCUGGGAGUCAACCAGAUUCAUGAUAAACUCCAUGGAAGGGAAUCCGUUGAAGCUACUUCGACUGUGAGCCCAACAUUACCCGAAUAUAGAUCGCCCAAUAGAAGGAGGCCUACCACAACAGAAUCCACCCCGCAAGCUGAUAUUUUUAACCAAUAUGCAAAGCCGGAUCGUAGUGGUAAGAGCGAACAGCAGCAAUCUCGAAGUACCGUGAGGCCUCGAGGACCACAGUUUCACAUUCCUGUUCCAGAAGCAGAAGAAGUACUCCACGAGGACAUCUUUGAUGAAGAUACCACAACUUCUUCUGCAGAAGACAAGGGACAAGAUGGGUUCGAAUUUCCUUUCGUAUAUCACACUCCUAGUAGACAUAAAUCGGUCACAACGACAUCAGAAGUGGAUGACGUCAUUGACGACUAUGAUGAUAUAACAACCGUCAAACCUACAACAAAACCAACUCCUACAAGCAGGAGAGUAGUGGUGCGAGUAAGACCCGUUCCAGGUGAAGGAAAAAAAAGAAAUCCUCCAGGAACGCUGCUUAUAUCAACCAAUACCGACAGUGAUAAACAACAAAGAAGAAGGAAUAAUAAUUAUGUCUUAGCUCAGACUGUAGGAGUACGUCGAGUGGCGAGGCCGAAUGUUCUAGAGGAAGUGGCAACAAAAGAAGUUACUACUCCUAAGCCUUCUACUCGCAGAGCGAGGCCUGUUACUAGGCCACCUACAACAACAACAACAACACAGACAUCUAGGUUCAGAGGCCCUCCAGCACCUAAAGAGUUGAUAGUUCUUCCAACCGGGCGUCCAGCUGUUCCAGCGACGACCAGGAGGUAUACACCUAGUCAACAGGAGCCUAGAGAACCAGCUCUGGCUUUGUUGCCGGACGGGAGCAUUACGUGCCUAAGGAGGGGUGUAUAUCCUCAUCCUAAAGAUUGUGCCAAAUUCCUCGUGUGCGUCCCGGCCGACAACGUGGACGACGAAUAUGAUGGUUAUAUUCACGACUGUCCAAAAGAUACAUUUUUUAUGGAAAACAAAAACAGAUGCGUGCCAGGAGAUAAGAGCAGUUGCAGCUCAUAGAAAAGAAACGAAUGCUACAACUGCUUUCAUUCUGGGACUUUGCUGUUAUUUCUGGAGACCAGGAACAUCUGUAGGCAAUACUGUACAGAACAUCUCAAAUCUAAUUCUUUUUCGAUGUAGGGACUUUUAGGGGAACAAUUGCUAUCAGAAAAAGAAUUAAGGCUGAAAGUGAAUGAUAAUAACAAAUGUAAAUUCAACAUCAGGAGUAACCAACUUUAUAUUUUUAUUAAGCAGCAAUAAAACUGCUGCUGUAUAAAAAUAUAUAAUUUCAGUUACAUAUUUAAUAAGCUUUCAAUGUUAAAACUGUUUUCGCAAAAAUAGCUACAUUAUAUCGUCAAACAUUGUAAUUAAAAGUAUAUAGCAUAUAAAGACAAAAAAAUGUAAAAGUAACCAUAUUUACAUUUUAUUGUGGCCAUGAUCCAGAUUUAUCUUUGAUAUCUCUGGUGUACGUCAUAUCAUAUCUAGGAUAAAUCUUGAUCAAGUCUUGUCUAGGAUAAGUCUCUAGCUUGUGUGUUUGGUCACUUAUCUUAGACUGAUCUAGACAAUCAUCCUAGACACAGCCUGCUUUAAAUUUCAUCCUGAGCAUUUUAAAUGCUAUUUAACUAAAGAGCAUGUCUAGGAAAAAGUAUAAGGAAAUAAACCCUGUAAUUUCCGUAUUUGGAACAUUUUGUGUGAAAAAUACAUUAUCUUAACUUCUUGUGCCUUGAUCAGCCAAAUCACAGCAUAGAUGCCUUACAAUGUACUGCAAUUUUCUUACACAUCACAGAGGAUACCAUAGUACACUUUACAGAUACUAUAACUUUUCCAAUUGAUCAUUAUUGAUAUUCACUUAACUAAGAUUAUUUUACCGAUUAUCAUAUUAUGUUAUUUAAUUUCAGUUUUCUGCGAAGUAAUUGUGGUGAUCGGCAUCGAUCGAUAAAGUCUUUGAGAUGGAUUUUGUUGGCCAUUCCUCUUAUAGACCUUUUGUGAGAAAGCAAAAACAAUGCAUUAUGUAGUAAUCUCUGACUUACACUGUCAUCACUUAUGUCUCCUGAUCUUAUGUCGCGUCCUAAAUAGUAAGAAAUGGGAAUUUUAUGCAGUUCGGAUAUUCUAGAAAGGAUUUUUAUGGAUCAUUUUAAGUGAAUUUAAGAACAAGAAUUCGUGUCUCGAAAUUUCAUAUCUAAAGCGUUCUCGAAGAAACUGAGAAAGACGAUCCUAAUUGUAUGGAGAAAAGGAGAGAUCCAUGUGGCUUCAAAAUUACAUGAAAUGCUAAAUCUCAUUAAAGCGAAGAUCUUUGAAGGCAAUGGCUUGAGAGAGUAACAAUAACCACAAAAGAAAAGUGCAGGGAACAUUCGAAACAUUUUGGGAAGGGAUCCUGCUAAAACCUCUCUGAGUUGGCUUAACAGUCUGCAGUUGGCUCAAAGGCAUCUAAACUGAGAUAAUGUCUGUGGUUCCAUACUUCAGUAUGGGAUUUCUUUCACUCUUCAAAGAGCAAUUAUCACAAGAAGCUCGUUUGGUUUCAUAAUUUUGUUGUGUAUUGACAAAAAUUUUAAUAUCAUUCAAGUUAGAGAUUUUAUUUAAUGCCAAUGAAUAUGACCUUAAUUUUUAAUGAAAACUAUGUUGAACAGCACUUCCUACUUUAACACACUGUAUAGUUUUAAUAUAAAAUCCCAAUUUUAAUUGUGUCUAUGGAAAUAUUUUUCGACUUACGUCAUUAGUCUAGGAAGGAAUUAUUAUGUAACUUCGGAGUAUUACUGUACUAUGAUGGUACAAUCUGCUAGUUAUUUGUGACAUAAUAUAUGUGGCCUGCUUUAGAAGGACUUAGCUGCAUGUAGUCUAGCUACAACAUGCCAUUUCUCUAAUGAGAAACAGAAGACAUAGCAUAAUGUAAAUUUAUUUUUAAUUCAGCUUUCUUUAUUGCACUUAAGCUUAUAUAAUAAGCUUCCUGUAAGAAUUUUAAAUCAUGUCAGUAUUAUGAAACUAUUUUCACUGGUAGAAUCUACUCCACUUUGUGUAAAAGAUUCCUGUCAAAAUUUCACAUAUGCCUAAUCUCUGUUACUGGAUGAACUUCAUUUAAUUAUUUUAUUUCCUCUAUCGCUCAUUUUAAAGUAAAGAUUAUAUCUGAAAGAGGACCACCCUAAGAAACUAAUAUUAGAAGUUUCAAAACAUGGACACAUCUGACAAAUGAAUUGUGUAUGACAGCCUUUACCUCAAUCAUAUAUAAUUUUAGAGAAACUUUCGUCCGUGAGAGAUCAAAAAAAAUAUAUUUCCUCCUUUUAUGGAAAUGGUACAGAAUUAUUGUAACUAUAUUUCAUAUUAUUUAAGCGUACGGGUUUAAAAUCGAUAAAUAAUUAAGGCAUUCGUAGUCAAAAUGGGUUACCUUACAACCUACAGAACUUCACGUUUUGGAGAAUUAUCCAAAGUGUCUAAUUCUUGGUGGAAUGUUAAGCUACUUAUCGCUAAGUAAUAACUGAAACUUGGGAAACGUGUAAAAGAUAGUUUAUUUAAAACUGAAUAAGACGAACAUAAGGCACUUCUAAUGCUUACAGCUCCUCCAGCAUUUAGGGUGAGAAACUUAAAAGCAGUACGUCAAAUAUAAGGUUUAAGUUUAAAUAAACUAAUAGCCAAAGACUACACAGAGAACUUUAACACGAAGUUAACUCAGAAUUUCAUCGACGUGUAUUUCAACUGUCUGCAAUUAUAAUACAAGGCUGAAGACACGAAACAUUAUCUAAAUCCACGUCAGUAGCCUACUAACGUGGCUACGAGGGGCAGAAUACGCUCCAUCUCACAAUCUCAAAACCCUAACUUAAAAUACACGCGAACUAAAUUUGCAUUCUGGUGGGAAAAUUCAAAGGGAGUUGUUACGGUACAGAUCCAAAAAUAAAAUAAUUGGGUAAUCAAAUUAAAGGAAUCUCACGAGGUAAAUUAUCUUAAUUACAUUUGGUUCAAUUUAGAGACAGCCUCUGUCUCUUGAAUAAAGUCUCUAUCUCUUGAAAAUAUUUUGAAUUCUGUUCCUGAUAGGCGAUGAAUAUGCAUGUGUCUUACGUUUUGCAAAUUCUUACUUGCAUUUUCAAAAUUGUGGAAUGAUACACUUUUUUUUUUCGAUUGCCUUACUCGUUAAGGUACUACUUUGGUAGACGGCGAUUUUUGGCGAUUUACGUUGGCGCAAUUGUUGGCGCGAUUUUCACA